AUGCUUAUCGGCUUAUGCGGAGCUAUCUGUGCGGGCAAGCACGCGAUUGCCGAGUAUUUGAUCCAGCACGAAGGCUUCCAGCUUCUGGAGCUGGCCACCAAACCUACCCAGCGCAUUACCGAUGAGCCCGAUGAUGACCUCCGUUUACAAGCCUCCGAAAUCCGAAAGAACCGAGACCGAAAAGAUCGAGAUGGCCAGUCCGAACUGGUAUUGGAUACCCCGGAGGACUUGUUGGAUUUUGUGACCAAAAGAUGGCAAGAGAAGUGGGUAACGACCGAUAUCGCAGAUGGCUCGACCCUCGAUCGCUUUCUGCUGCGACCUUUCUUCCUCUUGGUGAGCGUGGAUGCUCCCGUCAGUCUGCGCUGGAAACGAUUCUCAGACCGGUGCUGGCGAAGACAACUAGACCCUCCCGAUCUAGAAAAGUUCGUGUUAUGGAACGAUCGCCAUCUCUAUGAAAAGGACAUUGGGCGAGUCUAUCUCACCGAUAGAGCCCAGGUGCGCCUUUUCAACUCCUCUUCAUCCCUGGAGGAUCUCCACCGUGCUCUCAAAACUUUGGACCUGGCCGAUGAGCAGCGUCUACGGCCGAACUGGGAUCAGUACUUCAUGCAGCUGGCGUCUCUUGCCGCGCAGAGAAGCAACUGCAUGAAACGCCGAGUUGGGUGUGUACUCGUUCGAGAACGCCGAGUCAUUAGUACUGGUUAUAACGGAACACCUCGCCACCUGCCCAAUUGCAAUGAAGGUGGAUGUCCCCGGUGCAACCGCGGUGAUGGUGGAGGAGUCGGUCUCUCCACCUGUCUUUGCCUCCAUGCUGAGGAAAACGCUUUGCUGGAAGCUGGCCGAGAACGCAUUCGCGAAGGUGCAAUCCUCUAUUGUGACACGUGUCCCUGCUUGACUUGCACGGUCAAGAUUACCCAGGUCGGCAUCUCCGAGGUUGUGUACUCGCAAGGCUACAAUAUGGAUAGUGAGAGCGCUGCAAUUCUUGAGGCGGCAGGUGUAAAUUUGCGACAAUUCAGCCCUCCAUCAAAUGGUCUUAUUUACUUGUAG